UAGAGGAUUCCUUAGAUCAUACUCAACUCGAAGCAACCUUUCAUAUAACCACUAGAAAAAUUGAAUUUAUCAUCACUAGGCGGAUGAUGAAGACUUAAAGUAGUCAAUUUAGCAGCGCAGCAGCAGUUGAUGAUGGUGAUCAAAAUGCAGAAAGGGAAGCAUUCAUAUGUUUUCUGCUUCAUCGCAAUAUUGCUAUCUUCCGGCGCCAACUUGGGCGCCGGGAGAGAGAGAGAUAGGAUCAGCAGGCUGCCGGGACAGCCGGAAAACGUUACAUUCUCUCAGUACUCGGGAUAUGUGACGGUGGACGCCAAGGCCGGAAGGGCUUUAUUCUACUGGUUGAUUGAAUCUCCGGGCGGCGGGUCAAAACCGCUUGUUUUAUGGCUGAAUGGUGGGCCCGGUUGCUCCUCCGUGGGCUAUGGAGCUUCCGAGGAGGUGGGCCCGUUUAGGGUCCUGCCCGAUGGCCAGACACUAGCCUUAACCCCCUAUGCUUGGAACAAAGAGGCGAAUUUGCUGUUUCUUGAUUCUCCGGCGGGGGUUGGCUUCUCCUACUCAAAUACUUCAUCGGAUCUGAUUACUGGGGAUCAAAGAACAGUUAAAGAUGCCUACAUUUUCCUUAAAAGAUGGUUUGCAAGGUUUCCUCAAUACAAUCAAAGGCCAUUCUACAUAGCCGGAGAGAGUUAUGCAGGCCAUUACAUCCCUCAGCUAUCAAGAAUCAUUGUUCGAAGGAAUAAGGGCAUAAACUUCAAAGGUUUUCUGUUAGGUAAUCCGUUGAUUGAUGAUUACCAUGAUAACGUUGGAACAUUUGAGUACUGGUGGAACCACGGUUUAAUAUCAGAUUCAACCUACAAUGCACUCAACAAUUCUUGUCCCAGUGAUUCAUUCUUAUUCCCUAGUAAAGGCUGUUACGAUGCUCUCUUUGGUGCCUAUACCCAAUUUGGAAACAUUAAUCCUUAUGGCAUUUAUAGUACUCCCUGCGACGCCCUCGGAACACUUCCUCGUCACACUUUAAACACACCUUUGCCAUGGACUUUUAGAGGAAAUGAUGAAUGCAUUGUAAAGUACACAAAAUUGUACAUGAAUCGUCUGGCGGUCCAAAAGGCACUUCAUGCAAACGUUGCCGCCAUUCCCCAACCUUGGACUACUUGCAGUGAUGUUAUAAGAGGCAGUUGGAUGGAUUCGCCUCGAUCCAUGCUUCCCAUCUUCAAAGAACUCAUUCAAGCUGGAAUCCGAAUAUGGGUAUUCAGUGGUGACACUGAUGCUGUUUUGCCUCUGACGGCCACUCGUUACUCCAUUAGAGCUCUUCGUCUCCAAACUCUUUCCGAUUGGCACGCUUGGUAUGACAACCAACGGGUUGGUGGGUGGAGCCAAGUAUAUAGAGGCAUGAGAUAUGUAACGGUGAGGGGGGCUGGGCACGAGGUUCCCCUCAGCCGCCCACGCCUUGCAUUCAUCCUUUUCAAACACUUCUUGAAUAAUCAAUCUUUACCAGCAUCCCCCACUUAAUUUAAUCAAUUCAUUUUUCUUAUUUAAAUUUCAAUUAUUGUACUGUGUUGUAAUUUUCAUAAUAGGAUUUGUAAAUUGUAAAGUGAUUGCUCACUCCCAAAUCCCAAUAAAGUAGU